GCUCCUCCCCCCAGAGCCCCCGCGCGGCCCCGGUCGCCCGGGCAGCGCGGCGGCGGCGGCAGCGGCGGCAGCGGCGGCAGAGGCGUUCGCACCUCCGGCCCCGGCGGGCCCCGGCGGAGCAGCUGGCACAGGUCCCUGGAAGGUGGCGUCAGCAUCUGCAGCCGCGUCGACGUUGUUGGAGCUUCCGCGGAGGACCCAGGAGAGCCGGACUAGGACCAGGGCUCUGGGCCUCCCCCAUGGAGAAGUCAGCUGCCUCAACUGAGCCCCAGGGGCCUCGGCCAGUCCUGGGCCGCGACAGCGUCCAGGUGCCCGACGACCAGGACUUCCGCAGCUUCCGGUCAGAGUGUGAGGCCGAGGCGGGCUGGAACUUGACCUACAGCAAGGCCGGCGUGUCUGUGUGGGUGCAGGCUGUGGAGAUGGAUCGUACCCUGCACAAGAUCAAGCUCUGCUCCGAGGGGAGGAUUAUCCCUGUUUCACAGAUGAAGAUAUUGGGAUUCAGAACUGAAGUACUUUGCCCAAGCCAAGGCCACACAGGCAGGAAGCAGCAGGACAGAGGCCUAUCUGACCAGACAGCCUGGAAUUGCUGCAAAUGUGAGCUUGUGGGGCAACGCGAUGGCCCAAGUCUUCUCAGAGGAGACUUCCAGUGCCGGAUGGAGUGCCGUGAUGUGCCAGCAGAGACGCUCUACGACGUCCUACAUGACAUUGAAUACCGAAAGAAGUGGGACAGCAAUGUCAUUGAAACUUUUGACAUUGCCCGCUUGACAGUCAACGCUGACGUGGGCUAUUAUUCUUGGAGGUGUCCAAAGCCCCUGAAGAAUCGUGAUGUCAUCACCCUCCGCUCCUGGCUUCCCAUGGGCACUGAUUACAUCAUUAUGAACUACUCAGUCAAACAUCCCAAAUACCCACCUCGGAAAGACUUGGUCCGAGCUGUGUCCAUCCAGACGGGCUACCUCAUCCAGAGCACGGGGCCCAAGAGCUGCGUCAUCACCUACAUGGCUCAGGUGGACCCCAAAGGCUCCUUACCCAAGUGGGUGGUGAAUAAAUCUUCUCAGUUCCUGGCUCCCAAGGCUAUGAAGAAGAUGUACAAGGCGUGCGUCAAAUACCCUGAGUGGAAGCAGAAGCAUCAACCGCACUUCAAGCCGUGGCUACACCCAGAGCAGAGCCCGUUGCCGAGCCUGGCGCUGUCGGAGCUGUCUGUGCAGCACGCGGACUCGCUGGAGAACAUCGACGAGAGUGCGGUGGCAGAGAGCCGGGAGGAGCGCGUGGGCAGCGCGGGCGGCGAGGGCAGUGAUGACGACACUUCGCUCACCUGAGCGCAGCACCACGGCAGGGACCGAGACAAGACGGGGCGGAGCCCAAGGGUGGCGGAUGCUCCCGCGCUUUCUCCCCUCCCCCACUCCUUGCGCCUCCUGGGGACGCUGGGCUCCGGCCCAGGCUGGCGCUGCGGCGUGGCUGGACACAGCCCCAAUAAACGGUCCCACAGAC